GUCGCGCGCACAGUCUGACGGCCUGAAAGUGCUGAGCUGUUUAAAGCGGGAGAGGAUCCCUGGAACUACGGAGAGGGUUUACCUCAGUUCGUCUUCCUACUACUCCGUGCGACCAUCCCUCAGUCCAGCCAUGAACUCCCAGGGUCCCCUGCACCUGCCCACCCCUCUGAGGGAGAGCCUGCCCCUGUCCCGCCUGGCGGGGACCCCCAUAUACCUGAAGCUGGACUCCUCCCAGCCCACCGGCUCAUUCAAGAUACGCGGCAUCGGACACCUCUGCAAGACGUGGGCUGAACGAGGCUGUGAACGAUUCGUCUGCUGCUCAGGGGGCAACGCUGGCAUGGCUGCCGCCUACUCCGCCCGCCGCCUCGGGGUGCCCGCCACGAUCGUGGUCCCCGUGGUGACCCCGAGUUUCACCGUGCAGAGGCUGAAGGACGAGGGGGCCACUGUGCUGGUGCACGGAAAGGAGCUGAAGGAGAGCAUAGAGUACGGACAGCAGCUGGUGGCCAACAACGCUGGCUGGGUGUUCAUCUCCCCCUACGACAACCCCCUCAUCUGGGAGGGUCAUACGUCUCUGGUGAGGGAGUUGGAGGCGGAGCUGGAGGUGAAGCCGGGGGCGGUGGUCCUGUCCGUGGGGGGCGGGGGCCUCCUGUGCGGGGUGGUGGAGGGGCUUCGCCGCGCCGGCUGGGGGGACGUCCCCAUCGUCGCCAUGGAGACCGUGGGGGCGCACAGCCUGAAUGCUGCCAUGGAGAAAGGGGAGCUGGUCACGCUGCCCAAAAUCACCAGCGUUGCGACCACCCUGGGGCUGAACUGCGUCGCCGCUCAGACGCUGAAGCUCGCCCAGGAGCACGCCGUCUUCUCCCAGCUGGUGACCGACCAGGAGGCUGUGAUGGCCGUGGAGCACUUCAUGGACGAUGAGAAGAUCCUGGUGGAGCCUGCGUGCGGCGCCGCCCUAGCGGCCGUUUACAGUAAUGUCCUGAGCCGGCUGCAGAAGGAGGGCAAGCUGGGGCGGAACCUGGGCCCGGUGGUGGUGGUGGUCUGUGGGGGGAACAACAUCAGUCUGGCGCAGCUACACAAGCUGAAGGUGCAGCUGGAAAUGUCCUGCUGAACAAUGCCAAAACCCCCACCCGC